AUGAAAUACAUCUCUAACAGAGCUUAUGAUGGAAACACCUCAACAUGUUCUCACACCCUAAAGCGGGAUAACUCCUGGUGGAGAAUUGACCUGCAGGGUGUUUACAGCAUUUCCUCUAUCUCCAUAUACAACACAAAUCUGGAUAAUACUGACAUAUCAAAUGCUCAGAUCUACAUCGGGUACUCUUUACCGGACAAAGAAACUGACAACAACCCUUAUCGUUUUCAUUUUCAACAUGUUAACAUGAAUUUUUGUUUUGUUCUUUCAUCCAGGGUUGUCCGCAUUGAAAAGUUUGAGAAAGACCAAAUCAAUGUGUACAAUCUUUCCACACCGGUGUUGGGCCGCUACAUCACUCUGAUCAGAAAUGGUUUCAUGGUUUUAUGUGAAGUGAACAUCACCGGCACAAAAAUAGGUAAAUACAAAAUAACCCGUGAUAAUUUAACUGAGAUGAUUUUGCAGAUGGAAUCACCCUUUAAGCUGAUAGAGAAAAACAAGACAUGGGAGGACGCACUGUACUACUGCAGAGAAAAUCACAGAGAUCUGGCCUCCAUCAUCGAUGAACAGACUCAGGCCUUUGCUGAGCUGGAGGUUGAGAAGACCAACGGUCCCUUUGUGUGGCUCGGCCUUCACUACACCUGCGCCCUGCAGUUCUGGUUCUGGGUGGAUGAUAAUGUCGUCGAGUUCAAACACUGGAAUCAGACAGAAAUAGUAGAAGACUGUGACAUGAGUGGUGCCAUGGAGACAAAAGGAGAGUAUUUGUGGUUUAGCAAAUCUGACUAUGAAAGUUUUUACUUUAUGUGUGCAUAG